CACCAAGAAAAAAUGACGCCUUACCUUGCAAGACAGCUAGAAAGUUAACAGCGGCUCGUUUGCCCAGUUACGCCUUAAACUGACUACAAAUAGCAUGAUGGCCUCUACAAACAAAACAUGCAUUUUACAGUUGAUCUGUGUUAUUAGUUGUUUUAUGCACAGAACUGAAUCACGGAAUGACAUUGUUCCACUUCCUGAUUCUAAAAAUGGUGUUGCUACAUGUUCGUCUGAUAAUGUGUUCGGUUUGUCGUCUGCUAACAACCGGGGUGUUGUUCUCAAUACAACAGUUGUCGACGCGUCAUUUGCUGUACAUUACAACUGCUCUGUUGAUGUCAAGUCACAGAUUUUAUUUAUUUACACCUACAAUGAAACGGAAAAUGUGACGACAGCUGUACGUGUUUCCGUGACAACCCGAUCACCAGACAAGGACUUUCCGCUGAUGGUGGUCAUUCGACAGCAGGAGGGAUUGCUGUCAUGGAUGGUUCCGCUCUAUAUUGAUUACUCAUAUCCGUACGAUCUAGUGAGUCGUACACUGUGUCCAAUGGAGAAGCAGCAGAGAAAAGUGUUGACCAGUCAGCAAACUAUUUACGUGGAGCUGUCGACCAUGAACAGAAAUAAAACUUGGUUCGACUUUAGAGCCGAAAAAUUGGAAGACUUCCAGUUAGGUCAUGAAGAGAAGAGGAAUGUGAGUGUUACUCCAUCCCAGCCCCAGUAUUUCAUGUACUCAUUCCCGGACGGUGUGUCAUCCGUCCACAUCAAAGUGACGUCGUCAUGCAAGACAUGUAUGGUGGUGUCCAUUCAGGAUAUUCGGUGUCCUGUUUUUGACUUGGAUAGGAAUGUUGGCUACAGUGGUAAACAUCAAACUAUGGCAACACAGGCAGCCAUGUUUCUCGAGCGUAAUGACUAUCCGUCAGGCUCUCUGUAUGUUAUUCUGAUUGUGAAGACUCAGGACUACAGCUGUGCUGGAAUAGAAACCAUCCGACAAGUGUCCGACAAGCGAGAGAAGAACGUAACGAUCUACAUACAGACAGCCCUGUCAAAGUACCAGUAUUACAAAGCAAUCUUCUCUGCUCUGGCUGUCUUUCUGGCAUUCUACCUCGCGGCGGCCAUCAUUGGAUGCGUGUACCAUGGCUGUGGAUGGAAUAAAGAUCUCUCCCAGCUGACGGAGACAGAAAGAGACAAGCUGCUACCCUAUCAUCCACACCACCAGGAAGCCAGUCAGGUUUCGUCCAACCAAACAGAUGCAGAUGAAAAUCGAGCAUUUUCCGAGUUCAGGUCACACUCAGGAUAUGGUGCAAUAGAAGAUUCAAAUUCAGAAGUCACAAUCCCGAAAGAGUUGAGUUCUGUGUCAUCGAGUACAACCAACAGCAGUCACGACACUGCGGUGCUAGCUGCCUCACUCAACACAUCCGAUAUCGACUUCCUGCCUGAUGCCGAUCAGGAGAAACAAGUCAUCAGAACCAAAACGGCCAUGUUUGUGACGGACCUUGCAAGGAAGAGUUCCAAGAGGCUGGGCAAGAUGUACAAGAUUUACCAUUGGAAUCUGCUGACCAUCGCCAUCUUCUAUGGGCUACCGGUUGCCCAGCUUGUUUUCACGUACCAGAAGAUUCUCAAACUGACGGGGAAUGAUGACCUGUGUUACUACAACUUUGACUGCGCUCAUCCUCUCGGCGUGCUGAGUUCGUUCAACAACGUCUUCAGCAACAUCGGCUACAUCCUGCUCGGAAUCCUCUUCAUCUUCCUCGUCCGGAGAAGGGACUUGUUGCAUAAGCAGAUGGUAGCCUCGAAUGAGGAGCUGGAAAAGCUGCUGGGAAUUCCUCAACAUUUUGGACUGUUCUAUGCGAUGGGUCUUGCCCUCGUAAUGGAGGGCAUAAUGAGUGCCUGCUACCAUGUCUGUCCCAAUUACUCUAACUUCCAGUUUGAUACAUCUUUCAUGUACAUCAUCGCAUGUUUGAACAUUCUGAAGAUCUACCAGACGCGCCACCCGGACAUCAACGCCAAGGCCUACCAGACGUAUUUCUUCAUGGCCAUCGUCAUCUUCAUAGCAGUGGUUGGGGUGGUGUAUGCCGCGAGUUUUGUGUGGAUUCUGUAUGGAAUAAUCCACAUGUUUGCAAGUCUGAUCCUCACCGGGCAGGUCUAUUACAUGGGCACAUGGAAAAUAGAUCGCCACAUCUGCAGAAGAAUUUUUCACAUAUUUCUGACAGAUGGUGUUCGGUGUGCAAAACCAGCAUACACAAGCAGAUUCUUGUUACUGUUUAUAGGAAAUGUUAUCAACUGGUCUUUUGCUUUAUAUGGAGCAAUAGAACAACCUGGAGAUUUUGCUACCUACCUCUUGGCCAUCUUUAUUGGCAACUUGUUGCUGUACAGUUUAUUCUAUAUCCUCAUGAAGCUUCUGUCGGGAGAACGGUUGUGCCCUCUUCCACUAACGUGUAUUGUGUUUGCCUCGGUCACGUGGGCGGCGGCUCUGUACUUCUUCUUCGCUCAUCUCACAUCGUGGCAGAAAACUCCGGCGGGUUCCAGAGAAGGAAACAAAGACUGUAUUCUGCUGCAGUUCUUCGAUCACCAUGACAUCUGGCACUUCCUGUCGGCCAUUAGUCUCUUCUUCUCCUUCCUCAUUCUUCUAACCCUGGAUGAUGAUUUGGUGCUAACACGACGGGACCGGAUUCCAGUCUUUUAGACCAAACUGCUAUAUGUAAUGUUUCCGUGCCAGACAUGCAGAAACAGAGACAAUAGUGGCAGUAUUGUGAAUAGUACAUGUGGAAACAGUGACAAUAGUGGCCGUAUUGUGAAUAGUACAUGCGGAAACAGUGACGAUAGUGGCAGUAUUGUGAAUAGUACAUGUGGAAACAGUGACGAUAGUGGCAGUAUUGUGAAUAGUACAUGCGGAAACAAUGACGAUAGUGGCAGUAUUGUAAAUAGUACAUGCGGAAACAGUGACGAUAGUGGCAGUAUUGUGAAUAGUCUUUUAGACCAAACUGCUACUGUAUAUCUUCGCCUAUAAAUCAAAUUUUUUUCACCCAAAAAUUAUUUUAUAACUUGGGGGGUCGACUUACAAGAGGGUAAAAAAAAUUCACCCAAAAAUAUUACCGUUUUGGGGAUUAUUUUAC